CACUGAACCGUAAACCACUAACUUUUCCGAUUCGGCCUCCGGUCCGGUUCUAAACAGAUGUAAAAAGACAGUUCAUUAUAUGUAAAAUAAACACAUAUUACUUAACCAUUAUGUAAUGUCUAUUGUAUUUUACUUAAUAAUACUUGUGAAAUGAGAAAAAUCAAGUUACAAUAAAUUCAAGGUUUGUGAUUGUUGGCUCUCUGAUAUAAAUUAAUUACUGCAUGCUGCAGCUACGUGGAUCAGCUGUCGAGAUCCUUGCACGUAGAGUACAAACAAAUGGGGAUCGACGUUCAGUGUCAGGUGCCGCUCUAUGUCGCCACGGAAAUGACGCGAAAAGUGGCCAUGAUCCAGAAACCGUCGCUAUUCGUACCGUCGCCAAAUGCCUACGCGGCGGCGGCGGUUCGUCGGAUCGGUCGGCAGCCUCGGUGCUCGCCGUACUGGGCUCACUCCGUCCAGUGCUACUUGGCCCGUCUCGUCCCGGAAUGUCUCCUCGAUGCCUGGCGCCUCUCCAUCGGAAUCUGUCGAAGGGAACUUGAUAUCGUCGCUCGGAGACUUGAUGUCAGUUGAAUUUAUCGUGUGGUAUAUUUGGUAUAUUUGGUCCGGCUUCUAGAAGUGUUUUUUGGGUUCAAAAGCUGAAGCAAAGCCAAACAUCUGUAAAAGCUCGGCUUUUGAAAAGCCGAAAAGCGCUUUUGUAUAACAUAAAAGAAGAAGCUCCGAUUUGGAGCUUCUGCGAAAAGCUGUUUUGAAAAUACAAGAUUAUCCUUACCAUAUUUUAAUUUUAUUUCAGAAAAUAUAAUUUUCCUUCAUUUAUAUCAUUUUAAAAAUAAAAUAAAUUAUAAAAUCAUAUUAUUUAAUAUAAAAGAAAUCUAACA